AGGGGGAGGAGGGGAGACGGGCACAAACGGGGGCCGCACUCCGCCCGAACGCACCACACCGUGUUCGGCGUUUGACGCGGGUCCAGUGCGGCUCCGAGCAUCCCGCGCCCGCCGUCCCCGGUGUGCGGGUGAACGUGGCCCAACGGCGCCGGUCGGCGUCGCCCCGCGUGCCCCCCGGACGCCUUCUAGAACCGGCACGAACGUUCGGACGGCGCGAGCGCACGGCCGAGACAAUCCCGGAAAUAGCAUGCGUACAUUCAGCCCGUCACGUACGCUCGCCGAGGAUUUGCAUCGCUGUAGGCUGCCGUAGAUAUUAAACACGCCCCGACAUGCUCAUAGGACGACGGGACACAAACACGCGGCGUCAGAGGCUUAAACACGACUGAUGGGUGAAAUCAAAGCCGCCAGAGGACUUGGACAUGAAACUUCCGCGGGGCUCCUCUCGAUUACAGAAGGCAGCGGCUCCGCAAGAAAAUGAGGCGCGGACGUGAGCUACGUGCGCAUCCAGCACACGACAUGAAAUGGAGCGCCUGGGACACGCGGACCUUUUAAACCCACGCGGAUCCGUCGCAGUUUCAGCCUCGCCGGAGCGGAGGGCGAGCGGCCAGCAGGUCGCGCGCGUGGCGGCGGACGCUCACCGCUCGUACCGGGCGGACAUGGGGCUUAACGGUUUCUGCUCGUCGUCGCCGCCCGUUCGGAGUCCGACGGCGGCGGAGCUGCUGGCCGGCCUGGCUUCUCAGACCGACGCGCCGGCGAUCACGACGCCGACGAAGCAGUCCAAGACGGGCGGGGGGGCGGCGCCGUGCGCCGCCGUGGAGGGGAGCCACACUCCGAACGGUUACCCGGCGCAGAUGAAGGGGGUCGCGGUGCCCAACGGGAGUCCCGGGUACUCCCUCACCAGCAGAGCCUGUCUGGUGGAAAACGGGGAGCGGACGGCUCAUGAGAAGUGCCCUUUGAUGAUGAGGAGGGUCAACGGCGACCUAAAGGCCAGGCAGGUCCAGCAACAAAAACGAAGGGGUGGUGAGAACCGGGACCUGGGCUCAGAGACUCUUAACGGCGUGGUAGCGGUCCCACCGGAUUUAGGGGGCCCUGCGGAUCCCGCUUUCACUUCGGGGGACGCCGACUUCAAACGGCGAAAGCUGCCAGAUGGAAGUGGCGCUCACAAAUCCCCAGAGCCCUGCAGAGCGGCCAGAGCCGUCGCGCCGCUCACGGCCAACGCUGUCAACUGCACCGGCAGCAGCUCCCACGGCCACAUGACAAUCAACCACGCCCACGGCGUCAGCCCCCAGACUCCCGCGGCCCCCGCCGCCCCUCACACUAACCAGCACAUAGGCCGCAAGGCGGCCCCGGCCGCCCCCAGCCAGGCCUCCCCUGUUGAGGCUCACUGCAUGCCGGCCCCAGCGCCCGCCGCGGCGCCCGACUGGUCAGCGGAGCGCAUAGCCCAGCAGUACAUCAUCCCCUGCAUGAAGUACUACGGCAUCUGCGUGAAGGACAACUUCCUAGGUCCUCGGCUGGGCGACCGGGUGCUCGAAGAGGUGAAUGUGCUCAACCACAGCGGGAAGUUCCGGGGUGGUCAGCUGGUGAGCCAGAAGAACAUCCCCUCCCGGAGCAUCCGAGGCGACCAGAUCGCCUGGGUGGAGGGACGCGAGCCCGGGUGCGAGAGCAUCCGGGAGCUGAUGGCGCACAUCGACGAGACCGUCAUGCACAGCGCCGCCAAGGGGCAACUGGGGGACUGCGUCAUCAACGGACGCACCAAGGCCAUGGUUGCCUGUUACCCGGGUAACGGAGCAGGAUACGUCCGCCAUGUUGACAACCCCAACAGUGAUGGACGCUGCAUAACGUGCAUCUACUAUCUUAACAAGAACUGGGAUGUUGAGAAGCAAGGAGGAUUGCUGCAGAUCUACCCUGAAGGCAAAAACGUGGUGGCCAAUAUCGAACCACUGUUUGACAGACUGCUCAUCUUCUGGUCCGACCGCAGAAACCCACACGAAGUGAAGCCAGCCUACGCCACUCGCUAUGCCAUCACAGUCUGGUACUUUGAUGCAAAAGAGAGAGCAGAGGCUAAGGAGAAAUACAGGCUGGCAACGGGACAGAAAGGUGUUCAAGUGCCUGUCACUCAAAACGGCAGGACAUAAAUGUCGCCUAAUUGCCGGAGAGCACUCUGAACGUAUUAUGUGCCUUCCUGAACCGCUAAUGGACUUUGCCAUCAUAAAAGGAGACGCGGUCAAAAUGUCAGUCAUCGCCGCGGCUUCACGCCAGUGGCGCAUUGUCGGCCGUCACAUUGACGUCACGGGCUGUGAUGUAAUGUUUUCCUGCUAUGUGAUCUGGCUGCUGAUGAAAGAUAUGGCACGGACCGAGCCCGGCCUGGAUUGUGCGGCAGAGGUGACGGAGGAGCAGAAGAUCUUCCACGGUCUCCCAGAAUCACCACGAAGUGGGAAGAGAAAAACAGACUUUCUAAUUUUAUUACAUGGCAGUUUUUGCCUGUUUAGUAAUCAGUGGUGGUGUUAUGUGUUGAGAUUUUCUUUUGUUUAAACUCUGCUGUUGUAAUUAGAAUUCACACACAAGGAGUGUAAAUGAUGAAUAAGUCUAGAGACUGUGGGGUAAUGAAUUCAAGGAGGAUGAAUCGGUGGGGUUAUCCCUAGAAGUCCUGCUUACCCCUGUCUGUGGCGUGGUUCCCUCAUGUCAUAGGUGGACAAGUGUGUACAUGUCCCCAGAGGAGAGGAGAGGAGGCUGUGUAUUAGGCCCAGUGAACGCUACCCAUCAUGGCAACACUGCUUCCAAGUGCCAUAGUUCAGGGAUGCACCGACAACACAUAACAAGUGCAUAGUACUUUGUAUAGCUAGAGUCAAAAGCCAGUGUGCACAGGUUUUCUCCACUCCUGUCUGUUUGCUGGACAUGGCUCACACUUAUCCAGCGAUGGGGACAAAAUAGGAAUUGAUGAAUUUGAGAGGUGUGUGUGUGUGUGUGUGUGUGUGUGUGUGUGUGUGUGUGUGGGGCUCAGCUUGGCCCUUAUCUGCCGUUAACUCAAAGGACAACAGUAUUACAACAUGAAAGAAUGAGCUCGAUUAAAAUCGUACACCCUCAAAAGACGUGCGACGACACUAAACAUUACAUAGCAGAAUUAAAGCCACACUCAACCUGUUUGCGUUGUACCAUUCUAAUAGAAAGCACAGCAGAGAUGUGUGUAUGUGUGUGUGUGUGUGUGUGUACACUUCAGGGUGAAACGCACCUGUUUGAAUGUGUAAAUGUUGCCCAUGACUGUGACACAGGCCACUGUCUGCAGGUGUUGUCUCACUGUAUGCUAGGUUGGUUAAAGGGGGAUACUGUGUCUCUCUUUAAAAAGCACUUUAUUGUUUGGAAUGCCAUGUGUGAACGGAAAAGAAACCGUAAACAUGACUAAACAUGCAGAUUAAUGCCUUUAUGCUGUGGAUAAUAUGGUGAUUCAAAUGCAAUAGAAACUAAAAUGAGAACAAAUAGAAAUUGUUUGCCUUUUUUAAUUGGAGUAUUUAAUUAAAAGCUGUCUGUUUUGUACAC